GACAGAAAAUGGCUGCACUCUGCCUUUUAUUUCCCACCCAGCAUGCAGUUCAGCCAUUUAGUGUUCAUGGGUAAGUGAGUGAGCAUUAUGGGUAAGUGAGUCACUUCACAGUCAAUAAACAUUUUCUGCUCUGCAUGUGUAAGUUAAAGUUCACAUUGGCAUUUGGCUCCCUCUAGUGGUAUGCAAUCUUUAGCAUUACAUGACAAAAAUACCAGUGCUACAUUUACAUUUUUGGUAAUUUCUUUCUCAUGUUUUGAACUAGGCUCCAAAGCUAGACUAGCUUGGCUGGCUUGUGGACCUCAGCUGGAAGUUGUUAAUGCUUUAACAGGUGAAAGGCUUUCUGCCUACCAUUUUAACGGAGUGACUAGUAGACGACCUCCUACUAUUAUUAUUGUCAAAGAGUUUUCAUGGCAGAAGAGGACUGGAUUACUUGUGGGACUAAUUGAAGCCAAAAGCAGUGUUCUCUGCCUAUAUGAUGUUGGCAUUUCAAGAGUAGUUAAAGCUGUUGUACUUCCCGGUUUGGUAACUUCUGUUGAACCUAUAAUCAAUCAUGGUGGACCUAGCGCAAGCACACAACAUUUUCAUCAAAGUUUGAGGUGGUUCUUUGGCGUUGCUGCAGUGGUCACGGAUGUUGGCCAUGUUCUUCUUAUUGAUUUAUGCUUCGAUGAUGUAUCGGGCAAUCAAGAUGAACUGGAAGCAUCAGACUUGGAAGUAAUGAGUGGGAUACCAGCCGAAAUCCCAAAACUGAGAAAAGUAGCAUCAAGAAAACGUCGCCAUUUAUGUUUUGAAUUGCUAGCCCCAUCAGGAACUUCAGUAACUGCCCUCAGCUUUAUCAGCAGAACUAACCAGCUGGCUGUUGGAUUUUCUGAUGGAUAUCUUUCCUUAUGGAACAUGAAAACUUUACGAAGGGAAUGCCAUGUUCAAAUUGAAGGUGGAAAAGUUCCUGUGUCUGCGGUUACUUUUCAAGAGCCUGAGAAUGACCCCCGGAAUUGCUGCUAUCUUUGGGCUGUUCAGGCCACGGACAGCGGAAAAGAUGUAAGCCUACACUUGUUACAGCUGGCAUUUGGGGAUAGAAAAUGCUUGGCGUCCGGACAAAUUAUUUAUGAGCACUUGGAAUAUUGUGAAGAAAGAUACAGCUUGGAUCUUUCGGCUGGCUCUUUGUCUUUUAGAAGUCAAAAUAACAGUACAAAGUUACUGGGCUGUCAAACCAUAGAAAAAUUCCAUGCUCACAGCGAAAGAGAAGAUGGACUUCAUGAAGUAACAUCACCUGAUACCAGUGUCACAGUCUUCAGCUGGCAAGUAGCUACUUAUGAACAUGGUAAACCAUCCAUCUACAUGGCAGUGUUUGAUAUAAAUCGUUGGUAUCAAGCUCAGAUGCCAUAUUCUCUAAGGCCUGGUCAGUUUCUCAGGAAUUGCUCCUACUUUGUAUUCUGGUCCCUCGAAUCUGUGCUGAAUGUGACUCAGGACAACAUAUUUGAUAUGCUUGUGCAUGAGCGUAGUUUUAGCAGAGGAGCGCCAACAUCAUACCCUCCUCCAGAGCAGUUUUACUACCCCGGCACUUACAAUUUUGAUGCCACAUGUUUGCUGAGCUCUGGAAUAAUUCAUAUUAUCUGUAAAUCAUAAAUGAGAUUCAUCAGUUUUACUCUGUACUUUUUGAAGAAUUCUGGCUCUUCCUUGAAGGAAAAUCUUCCUGAUGUCUAUAGUCGAUGUUUAGUUGCUGGUCUGUUGUCUCCAAGACUGGCUCAUGUCCAGCCUUCAAGCAUGAGUCAAGAAGAACAAUUACAAGCUGUGUUAUCAACAGCUGUAGAAACUGGUUCAAUAAGCCUUUUAACUCGUUACAUCAAACUGUGGACUGCAGAAGAGCAACCAAGAUCUGCAGUCAACUUGCGAUUUGUUCUGGAGUGGACAUGGAAUAAAGUGGCUCUUGUAAAGCGGGAAUUUGACAGACUGUGUGUUCCAUUGUUUGAUGGAUCUUGCAAUUUUAUUGAACCUCAAACACUGCAUUCUCUGCAUAACUGUCACCUGCAUCUCCGCAACCUGACUAUCGUCUUAAACCGCUCUUUUACAGAAGCCCAGGAACUUACUAAACAAGGGAUUAUAGACCUAGCAAACAAACAGUCGGUGACAAAGCUCUUGGCUCAGUAUGCCUCUAUUGUGCUUUGGUUUUGCCGAUGUGGACUUCUACCAGAUUGCUCAGAUGAAGCAAAGCAGUUGAACCGACCUUGCUACAGUUACAAUCUAAUGCAGCAGUAUUGCGCAGAUCGGCGGAAAAAAUUAGAGCAUUUAUCUAGAGGCAAAUGGAACACCAGUACUUUGAUGAUUGAUGGAAUGGUUUGUCAGCUUGGGGAAAAAGCUGAGCAGUUAUGGAAGAGAGAUGGAGGCGCAGGCAAAUAUCCACCUGCUACCUUGCAUGCACUUUUGGAUCUAUAUCUCCUAGAAAAUGUAGAUGACAUAAGCAAGCAUGCUAUUACAAUUUAUUUUUUAUUGGACAUUAUGUACUCCUUUCCAGACAAGCCUAAUUCUUCCAUUGAGUCCUUUCCUAGUGCUUUUUCUGUCCCUUGUGGACUCGUAAAGCUUAUUCAAGGAUUUUGGCUGUUGGAUCACAAUGAUUACCAGAAUUCUCUGGACUGUUUUCUUUACCCAGCUGCAAGCCGUGUGAUGAGCUGGCAGCAUAAUCAAAUAAUUGAAACUUUAAUGUGCCAAGGAGAUUACAGACAAGCCCUGCGCUACAUACAAGUAAUGAAGCCUCCAGUUACAAGUGCAGAAGUCAAACUGCAAAUCACUGUGCUGCUGACCAACAAAAAUCUUAUUGAGGCCUGGAAUCUACAGAGGCUUCACUCUACCAGACUGAAUGUAGAAGAGCUUUCAAAACACAUGUAUGAAACAUGCCGGGAAGUGGGACUCAUAGAAGAUCUGUUAAAACUAACAUUCACGGAUUCUGAGCAAGGAUUUUUGCACAGGUUUUUGCAGACAAGUGGAGGUGUGCAAAAUCAAGAACUGCUUCUGGUGCAUCACUUGCAGAGAGCCAAUUACAUCCCAGCUCUGCAGCUGAACCAGUCUUUGAAAGGUUGCCAAAAGUUUGAUUCAGAUCAAAAGCUUCGAGAGAGAGCAGUAGACAGGAACGCUAUACUUGAUCAGUAUGGCAAAACACUGCCAGGGGUGCAGCGGACUCUUGCAAAUGAAAGAAAUAAGCACUCUGCAUUAUCAACACUUUGGAAGGAAGUGACAAGGCCCAAGCCUUUAUCUACUGUUGUAAAUCAAGCUCCAUCAGGAAGUGUUAUGAGCAAGGCAACUUUUAUCAGCAAUGUAUUGAUGAAGAUAAAAGAAGUAUCUGCCACAGACAUUAACUUCUCACCCUACAAAAGCCUAACUACUGAAGAGCAGAAUCCAGUAACUGCUUUGCCACAUUUAGAAAUGACUGAUGCAUUUAUUGGUACACUGAUAUCCAAAUCUAGAAGAGUGUCAAGAUUACUGGAUUCUAUUGUCCAUCCUGUCUUUACAGAGCUUUCAACUUUAGAUGCAGCUUUUGAGGUGGCUAAUGAGCGAACUCCUCGUAAAUCUUCCAUGUUGGUUACUUCUAGUUCUGUCCAAUCAAAUCUGAGGAAAAUGGCACAGUUGAGAAAUUUGACCAAAGCAUCAGAGUUUAACCUUCUGGAAACGCCUAUCGUAGUAAAGAGGGCAACAGUUUUAGCUGCAAGCUCAGUUUCUUCUGUAUUUACAAUGCAUACGCCUCAGUCCAUUUUGAGGUCCAGUGCUCGAACUACCCCUCUGGCUUCUCCUUCAGCUUCUCCUGGAAGAUCGGUUACGCCUCCUUUACGACCUAGAGAGGCUAAAAUCUCUUUCAUGGAACAGAUCAGUAACAAAUAUAUCAAAGGGGUUUUAACACCGGACAGGGAUUUGCCAGCAUCAUCCCCACUAAUAAGAUCUGCUCAGGAUACCAUUUGUCAAGAAAGGAUGACAUUGUCUAUAAGCAACACCUCUACUAAAGACCUUGAUGAGAUUGAGUCUUCAUCUGGUAUUCAGGAUGGGAGUCCCAGUAGGGAUUCAAGUUAUGUAUCUGCAAGGUCGGAUCAGACAACACAGGAGUAUCAUGAUGCUCUAACACCAGAAGAUAUGGAAGAUGAUGCAGUUGCUGUAACAGCUGUUGUUAGUAUUCAUGACAGUGAAGACAUUGCAAGUGAACAUUCAGAACAUCUAAAUCAAGAACAUGAGGUGGUGGAGCUCAAUGGAGAAGUUGAAUUACAAGUCGUAGAAAACAAAAGUCUAGUGAUUGAGAAAUACCCUGUGGCUAGAUCCCCAAUUCAUCGCAGCUUGGAAGAGAAGGACAAGGAUUUAAAGGAAAAAGAGGCAUCCGAAUCUGAACUCCUGACCAGCUGCCAUGAGUUGCAUUCAGCUGUUGAUUUCCAGGUGGAUUCAAAUGCUGAACUUAUUGAAGAUCACUACAAAUGUGAACAUUCUGAUGAUAAGAAUGCCAUAGAAACUGAUGAUGAUGUAGAGAAUGCUGUAGCUGCUAGUAAUUUUACAUUAGUUCUUGAGGAAGAAGGAAGAGAGGAAGAAGUUGAAGCAGCUGCAGAGACUGAAGCUCUUGAAUCAGAACAUUCUUCAGACAAAGAACUAAAAACCGUUUCAAAGACUGAGGACUAUGCUGGGCAAGAAAUUCAAAUUACCGACACGUGCCCUGCAAAUGCAUUCACCCUUGUAGAUGGUGAACAUAAGACAAAGAUUAUGGAGACCUUGCCUUACGUGCCAGAGCCAAUUAAGGUAGCUGUAGAAGAAAACUUGCUAGAUGUAUUCAAAGGUAUAAGCGGCAAAGAUUUUAUUUCUGGAGGGGAUAACGAAUUGGCCUGCGAAAAUGAGUCUCUAAAGAAGUGCAGACGUGUCCACACUUCUAGGACGCCUGCAAGAAAAAAGAAAACCAAAAAAAAUUAUGUGGAAGCUGAGAGCGUUAUCCAGGCGGUAACGCCACUAAAAAGAUCGGAUGUUGCAAGGCUAAUGGGAGGCAUGUCUGAGGUUGCGAACCCCCAAACCCCACGGAGAACUGUGAGGAAAUCAACAAGAUCUGAAAGUACUAGUGCUGAUCUUGAGGUUCAGCUUCCAGUAACUCCAAAAAGAGGGAGAAAACGCAAAGUCAAUGAAGGAACUUCACAGGAGGAACAACCAGCCUCACAAUAUUUGGCUAAGAUUUCUGAAACGGAAACCAAACAAGUUACUACAGUUACAAGAGGUCAUAGGGGAAAGCGUUCUGUAAAUGAGUUGGUGAAGUAUUUUGAGCUUUAUGGCAUUCAAACAAAUCCCAGUCUGCCAGUUUCUCCAAAAAGGGUGUCCUUACAAUGUUCAGGAAUAAAAUCAGAAAAUCUGAUGGAUGUUCCAGCAGCUGAGCAAGAAAAUGCAAGGUCUCGAGAGCAAAUUGUAGACAGACCUAGGAAAUGGCCAAUAAGCUACAGUAUUGGCAAACUAGCAGGGAAAUUCACAAAACUGUCUAUAAAAACUAUUUUGUUAGAACAAGCUGAAGAGUCUACAUUGACCAAAGUAACAAAGCAAGGCGACUCGUCUGUCAGACAGAUGAGAAAACGUAUUAUUUCUGCAAGUUCAGAGGAAAGUGAGGAUGAAAGGCUAAAUGCUUCACAUCCAGAAGACAGUGAACACAUGGAACCUAAUGCUGAUCAAGAUGACCAGACUAACAGCACCCGUUUAACAAGGACUCAACUGAGUAGUGCUUCCACGUUUUCAGAUCCCUCCACGCCUACAUUUGCAUCCACCACUCCUACUCCAAGACGUAGAAAGAAAACAAAAGGUAUUUUUGCUUUUAUGCUCUUAUAUAGCCACUGUUAGUUUCUGCUAAAAUCUUAACACUUUCAUAUCUUCCCUGUUAAGUGGUUUUCAUUGUAAAGGCUACAGUGUUUAAUGGGCAUUUUUUUGGUUGAAUAAUACAUAUAGAAAUGGGUAGUGGGCAUAUUUUUCAAAGAUUCAUUUUAAAACCUCAAAUAA